UUGAAACAAAGCCUCAUACUCACGCGAAUUGUCUCCGAAACCGCAGAAUAGCAGCAGGAGUAUAGAUGGAGUCGCUGAGCAUAACUACCUGUACUUCCUCUCCGCUAUGUGAUGGCAGGGACUCGGAUAGAGCUGGCAGCAGGGACAAUACCCAGGUAGUGCAACAUGGCCGGACCGCGUGUUGCUGAUUCCUCAGAUGACGUGGGACAAAUCCCUACCGCGAACGACAAAGACCAUAACGUGAUCAUUAUGGGUGGACUUAUUCGGAACGGGAUCCUGACGGACUCGGUUUCUCCAUCUUCCAGGUCCGGACCCGAAGUCGUCUGCUUCAGCGAAGAUGAUCCUGAAAAUCCAUACAACUGGGGACUGAUCAAGAAACUCUUCAUCGCGCUGACGGCCAUUGUGUUGGUCCUCAACAGCACGAUCUCUUCCGCCAUAACGAGCAACGCUAUGCCAUAUAUCAUGAAAGACUUCGGCAUAAAAGGCGAGAUCCAGAGCUACUUACCAACCACUGUGUACCUCAUUGGGUAUACCUUCGGUCCAUUGGUCUUCAGCCCCAUGAGUGAGAGUUUCGGGAGGAAAGUGGUCACGUUUUGGACCUUCAACGUCUUCAUCCUGGGAACGCUCGCUUGUGCUCUUGCGCCUAAUUGGCCCUCCUUACUGGCCUUCCGUGUGAUAUGCGGAACUUGCGCGUCGGUUCCGCUGACAGUGAUUGGCGGUCUAUACGCAGAUAUCUUCCUCAGCCCGCGGACGAGAGGUCGGGCAAUGAUCACGUUCAUGUCGGGAACAACGUUUGGCCCUCUUGGUGGGCCAAUUAUUUCCGGCUACGUUGCGCCGAUAGGUUGGAGAUGGGUCUUCUGGGUUGUGUUGAUCAUAGCUGGGUGCAGCUGGAUUCCUCUCGCGUUUAUGCCAGAGACAUUCGGGCCUGUGAUCUUGAAGGAAAGAGCUCAAAAAACCAGGAAAGUCACAGGCAACAACGACAUAUUCGGAAUGAUCGAGCUUGAAAACAAGAGUGCAAAACAGCUGAUCACUACAUCGUUAAGUAGACCGCUACGGAUGCUAUGCUUCGAGCCUCUGGUGUAUCUCAACUGCUUGUAUAUCGCUCUAUUGUAUGCUUUCUUCUACCUAUUUUUUGAGGCAUAUCCAAUCAUCUUUCAGGGGAUUUAUGGCUUUACCAGGGGUCAAUCAGGUCUGGCUUUAUCACCUAUUGGUGUCGGAGCAGCCUUUACUGGGCCUGUUCUCGUCUGCUACGAUACGAUGUUUGAGAGAGCCAGGAAACGAGGCACAGCAUGGGCACUAAGCGAAGAGCUUCAUCGCCUGCCAAUUGCAUGCCUGGGUGGUCCAUUUGUGAUCAUCUCUCUCUUCUGGCUCGGCUGGACGGCGCGUCAAUCGAUUCACUGGGCUGUUCCGUGCAUGUCUGGCCUGUUCUUUGGCUUUGGGUAUCUGCUCAUAUUCACAGCCUUGACCAACUAUCAGGUCGAUGCAUAUGAGAUCUUUGCUGCCAGUGCGAUGGCCGCUUCAUGUUUCUCUCGCAGUAUAGUAGGGGCUGCAUUGCCCCUCGCUGCAAAGCCGCUGUAUCACGGCCUUGGAGUAGCUUGGGCUUCUUCUGUGCUCGGCUUCUUGAGCCUCCUCCUGUUUGUUAUUCCUUUUGGACUUAUCUACUAUGGGCCUCGUAUCAGGGAGAAAAGCCAGUUAUGUCAAGCCUUAUCGAAGCGGAAUGGUAUGUACUAGACCAAAUAGAUUGGUCUCUAAGGUGCGGUUGUUGGAUCAAAUAAACUUGAGUUCACUCGAUUUAAUAUACUUCAUCUAGUCUAGCAUUCUUUAGUACCUAUGAGUGAAAAG